AAAAGUAAACAAACAUGACUUCAGAUGCACCCAAACGCUUAGAAGGAAGCGAUGGUGGUGAGGGUGGAUUGGUCAUUAAAAAGAAGAAGUCUAGUACAGAUGAUCAUGUUUUUAAGAAACCUAUUGGAAGUGUUCUAGGUCUGCAAAAACUAGCUGAGCAAAAACGGCGACAAUUGAAGGCCGUUAAAAAAAGACAUGAUAGCAGUGAUAGUGAUAGCAGUAGUGAAGAUGAGGAGCAGUACUCUGAGAGAAAAGAUAAACAUUAUCGCUCAUAUCGUCCUGAGACACCCUCCAAUCCUGGAGGUGUGAGCGAAAGCGCAAGGGAGAAAAUUAAGCGUCGAAAAGAGAGAGAUAAAGAAGAAAGAAGAACAGGCAUAUAUGCAGAGAGUGAUAAAAAGAAAUCAAAGUAUGAACAUAGAGAAACAAGUAGAGAAAAAAGAUAUAAAAGUAGUCGCAAAGACAAGCAUUCUGCAAAGUCUUCAUCAAGAAGAUAUGCAGAAUGGGAAGAUACUCCAACUUCAAGAGAUUCAGUAAAUGAAAGAAGAACAACUCCAAGAUCAAAAUUUGAACUUGACACACCCUCUCGGAGCAAUUGGGAUGGUGAUAAUAGUGUUAAAUACAAUAAAUCAGAAUGGGACAUGCCAUCACCAGCUCGAUCUAAGCAUGGAAGUUACAGUGAGAGAAGUUAUCGCAAUUCAACAAGAACCGAAAGGAGCCGAUACACAAAGUCGCAUCGUCAACGCGAAGAUGAAACUCCCAGGUUUACGCCAACACAUAAGUAUAAUGAUUGGGCAGAUGAUAGAAGAAAAGGUGGAUGGACACCAAGUGAACGAGGCACUCCAAGAAGGCCUAAUGAAGGUUCGUCAGAAGACCGUGAAGAAUGGGAAAACGAGCAAAAGAAUUUAGAUCGAGCAUGGUAUGACUUGGAUGCGGGCUAUGAUGAAAACACAAAUCCCUUUGCAAAUGUUUCAGAAGAGUAUGUAAAAAAGAAAGAAGAUCUACUGAAAAAACAAAAUGCAAAAAAACGUUCUGCAAGAGCCAGACAAGUCCAAAAGGAUAAUGACAUGUGGGAAAACAACAGGUUAUUGACAAGUGGUGUAGUAACCCGGACAGAAGUUGACGAUGACUUUGAUGAAUCAGAUGAAGCCAAAGUUCAUUUGCUUGUACAUAACAUAGUUCCGCCAUUUCUCGAUGGAAGAAUUAUCUUUACAAAACAACCUGAACCAGUGAUUCCUAUAAAAGAUCCAACAAGUGACAUGGCAACAAUUGCAAGAAAAGGUUGUCAUUCUGUACGACUCCAGCGUGAAAAGAAGGAAGCCUUAAAAGCACAGAAAAAAGAAUGGGAACUAGCAGGAACAAACAUUGGUAAUAUAAUGGGUGUCAAAAAGAAAGAAGAGAAGGAUGAUGAUGACGGUUCCGAUUAUAAAAAAAGUCAUCAAUUUGCUGACGUAAUGUCAGGCAAAUCCGAAGCAUCAAGCGAUUUUGCUCGAAGGAAAACAUUGAAAGAACAAAGGGAAUAUCUGCCUAUAUUUGCAGCUCGAUCUGAACUACUUACCAUAAUUCGAGACAACCCUGUAGUUGUUAUUGUUGGAGAGACUGGAUCAGGAAAAACAACACAGUUAACACAGUUUUUACAUGAAGAAGGUUACUCAAAAAAUGGACUAAUUGGCUGUACACAACCUCGUCGUGUGGCUGCAAUGUCUGUUGCAAAACGUGUCAGUGAAGAGAUGGACGUGAACCUUGGCGAAGAUGUUGGAUAUGCAAUCCGUUUUGAGGAUGUCACCAGCGAGCAAACAGUAAUAAAGUAUAUGACAGAUGGUAUCUUACUUCGAGAAUCGCUUGGUGGUUCGGAUCUUGAUAACUACAGCUGUAUUAUUAUGGAUGAAGCCCAUGAGCGUUCACUAAAUACUGACGUCUUGUUUGGGUUGCUAAGAGAGGUUGUUGCUCGACGAAACGAUUUAAAACUAAUUGUCACCUCUGCUACCAUGGAUUCUACUAAAUUUGCUAAUUUUUUUGGAAAUGUUCCUAUAUAUCAAAUUCCCGGACGUACAUUUCCUGUUGAUGUUUUGUAUAGUAAGACAGUAUUGGAUGAUUACGUUGAUGCUGCUGUGAAACAAUCAUUGCAAGUUCAUCUGAUGCCAGCGGAAGGUGAUAUUCUAGUGUUUAUGCCUGGACAGGAAGAUAUUGAAGUCACAUGUGAUUUAAUAUCUGAACGACUUGCAGAAAUAGAAGAAGUGCCACCGCUAGCUGUUUUACCGAUAUACUCUCAGUUGCCUUCUGACUUGCAAGCGAAAAUUUUCGAAAAAGCUCCAGAUGGAGUACGGAAGUGUGUUGUGGCGACAAACAUUGCAGAAACUUCUUUAACAGUUGAUGGAAUUCGCUUUGUUGUAGACUGUGGAUAUUGUAAAUUAAAAGUAUUUAACCCAAGAAUAGGUAUGGAUGCAUUACAAGUGUAUCCUAUAAGUCAAGCAAAUGCAAACCAACGUUCGGGUCGUGCUGGUAGAACAGGACCAGGGCAGGCAUUUCGUCUUUACACCGAAAGUCAGUAUAGAAAUGAAUUAUUAGUUUCAACUGUGCCAGAAAUUCAAAGGACCAAUCUAGCUAAUGUUGUCUUAUUACUAAAGUCAUUGAAUGUUGAAGAUUUACUUGAGUUUCAUUUUAUGGACCCUCCUCCACAGGACAACAUAUUGCAAUCCAUGUAUCAGUUGUGGAUACUUGGUGCAAUAGACAACACUGGGGCGCUUACGAAGAUGGGAAGAAAAAUGGUAGAGUUUCCUUUAGACCCUGCGCUUUCUAAAAUGAUGAUUGUUGCAUCUGAAAUGGACUGCUGUGAUGAAGUGUUGACUAUUGUUUCCAUGUUAUCAGUACCGUCGAUUUUCUCUCGACCACGUGGUCGCGAGGAAGAUAGUGACGCGGCACGAGAGAAGUUUCAAGUACCUGAGAGUGACCACUUGUCGUAUUUACACGUGUACCAGCAGUGGAAGUCAAAUGGGUAUUCCUCGACUUGGUGCAAAGAGCAUUUCAUACAUCCUAAAGCAAUGAAAAAGGUCCGUGAAGUACGUGCUCAGUUGAAGGACAUUGCAAAGGCUUUAAAAAUGCCGAUCAAAUCAUGUGGUUUUGAUCACGAUGUUGUUCGAAAAACAAUCUGUUCUGCAUAUUUUCAUCAAGCUGCAAGGCUAAAGGGAGUUGGCGAAUACGCAAAUUGCCGAACAGGAAUGCCGUGCAAUUUACAUCCAAGUAGCGCAUUAUAUGGUAUGGGUUAUUCGCCCGAUUAUGUGGUUUAUCAUGAACUCAUCAUGACUUCACGGGAAUUCAUGCAAUGUGUCACUGCGGUGGAUGGCCAUUGGUUGGCAGAGCUUGGCCCCAUGUUUUUUUCUGUGAAAGAAUCUGGAUUAUCGAGAACUGAAAAACGACAACAAGAACUGGAAGAAAAACGUAGGAUGGAGAAUCAAAUGAAAGAAGCGAGCGAGAUUAUCAAAGCUCGAAAAGAAGAAAAAUUAUCUAGAAUGACUCCUGCAACAAGGACACCUAUUGCUACGCCUGGCCGCCAGCAGAUUGCCACACCCAAGAGAACUCCCUCGAGAUUUGGAUUAUAGCGUUUUUUUAACAUUGAAUAAUUUUAAUACAUUUGUAUAAAGAAAAA